GAACAAACCCUUUCCCUUAUUCUGGAUAAAAUCCGGCCAUUCUUUCUUUUUCUCUCCACCCUUCUCUUCCUCCUCCCCCCCCUCUCCUUUUUUUUUUCUUUUUCGCCAUCCGUUGAUCUGGCCUUGCGGUAAAAAAAGAACCCCAUUUCUUUUUUAUCUUUCUUUACUCGCAUUGUCUACUUUCCCAAAUAGACAUUUCCUCAAUUGGUCAUCGCCUCACACGAUCAAAGUAAAAAUAUACCCCGAGGAAAAAAAUAAAAUAAAAAAAAAGUCGUUGAUUAUAAAUACAUAUAACACAUCACUUUGCCCUACACCACAUACUUCCAAAUUCAUCAUCUCAAUAGCCAACUACGGGGCCAACUCUUAUAGCAUCAACAGCAAUGGCAAGGACAACGACAGCAAGAAGAACAAAAACAGCACUUCAUUCAACAGUAACGCUCGGUACAACAACGCGUCCAUGGACCCUGAACAAAACCCUGUCGAUAUUGGCCUUAUUUUUAUGUUUUGUGACACCUCAAUUUCAUCUCUUGUCGUUGGCCUCUGCGCUUCCACGAAGCAAAUCCGAUAAUAAUGAUCUGACCGCGAUCACCUUGUCAUUCCAUGCCCUCACCGGUUCUCCUCUUGGACAACGACCUCAAUUAAUCCCUUAUGCCACCUGUGUGGUCCUUGAUACUUUGUCCUUCAACCACAACCAUGACAGCGACCUUCAUAAUAAUAAUAAUAAUAACGCGCGCAGUAAUUUUCAAAACCUCCACAACAGCCCUUCUUCUUCUCCCUCUUUUGCCUUUGCCGCCGCAUCUGAUCCUCAUGUUAUCUUAAACCUCUAUUCGGAUCCUUACUGUCGAACCCUCCUAUCCUCUACAGUCGGCUUCUGGAAUAAUACCGGUCCAGCACUCAAUACCCUAGCAGUUCGAUGGGAAGGAACAGUCCCCUCUUCAAUGACAAAAAGACAGUUUGGUCUUCCAGGCUCCCCUCCCGCUGUAGACGAGACAAACAAAGGCAACGAUACAUCCAAUGAUGGUGGUAGUACUAUCCAAUUCACGAUGGACCCUAAAAAAGGUCAAAUCGUUGUGGGACUUGUUUCCGCUAUCCUGGCUCUUGGUGCUAUCACAGGAACCUACCAAGUCUAUCAAGCUGCUCAAUACGAAAUCCCUCCUCGUUCUACCAAAAAGAAUCGAGCCUUUCGAAACGAAAGACCCCCUUCGGUUCGAUUGAUCGGUGAGAAAAAAGUCAGACGAAGAGAUGCUUACUAUGUGAAACCCUCAAGACCAGAAUCUGCCAAUCCAUCAGUCCUUACAAUGAUAGGAGAAACGCCCCUUGUCGUUGGUACAGAAUCAACAGAAUUCAACAACAAUAACAAUAACAAUAACAAUAGCCGCUCCAGCACCGCCGCCAGCAACGGUAGCAGCAGAAAUAGCAGCAGUAGCUAUAUCGUAGAUCUUGCACAAAUGACGAACCAACCCUAUCGACAGUCAACUCUCUCUUCUUCAUCUACACCAUUCGAUUCAUCUAAAUCACAUCAACAGCAGCAGGCACAGGAGUACAUACGCGAAGAUCUCUUGGCUGGGAGCAUCAUUGUCCAUAUCGACCAUGAUAAUGAUGCUGGUGUUGGUAUCGGUGUCGGUGUCGGUGUCGGUGUAAGAGUUGAUGAUGGAAGAAGUAAAAGUGCUCAUUUCCGUGAAUCGACUUUGGGUGAGAUCUCAGAUAACACGUUCUUUGGUCGGCCCUCGAUUCAACCCGAACACUUUGUGACUCAUGACUCUUAUGAUACCCUGUCCUACCCAUCUUCUUCCGCUACCGCCACCGCUACGGAUUUGAGGGCCCUUGCCAACAAUGAGAGACACGGUGAUUUUACGCUUUAAAGUACAUUUAAUGGAGUAGCAGGGCUAGGACUUGUAGUUGUAGUAAGCAAAAGUAAAACUGUAUAUAUAUAUUCUGGAAGC